AAGACGACAAAUCUGAGGUUGAUGUCCAAGUUAUUAAUGAAAGACAAGAAGACAAGAGUGAAAGCGAAAGUGAAGAUGAUCUUGAAAUUAUUUUAGAACCGGAAGAAGACAACCAAAACGAGACAGAAAAUGAAAAACAGCAGAGCAUCGGAUGAAACCAAAGAAGCACUUGUAAAUAUUAAACCUGGACAGCAAACAAAGACUACAGCUACGCCAACAGCAAACACAUCUUCAAAUGCCAAUCAGUCCAGUAAGACAGCACAAGGAGGAAUCAAUCUUGAAGGAAUAGGUGAAUAUAAUGGCCAGCCUAUUACAGAAGUGAACCUUGAUGAUUUUGAAGAUAAACCAUGGAGAAAGCCUGGUGCUGAUAUCACAGAUUAUUUUAAUUAUGGUUUCAAUGAAGUUACUUGGAGAGCAUACUGCGCUAAACAAAAACUACUAAGAGAAAAUAAAAAGCUUAUGGGAGACAUGGGCAUGCCAGAUAUGAAUAUGGGAGAUUUGAUGAACAUGAGCGACCUGAUGUCGAUGGGAGAUGUCAUGUCUAUGGGCAUGAUGAUGCCACCCAACUUAAUGGAUGGUGCUAUGCCACUUGGUAUGAAUGGUAUGCCUAACCCCAUGAUGGGAUUACCGAUGGGUAUGCCUGCACCUCCUGCAACAGGACAAUCACAAAAUCAAAAUUCAAACAACAAUAUGCCUCGAUCUAAUAGAAGCAACGUGAUGAACAACAUGCGAAACAGUGCAAGGGAUAUGUCAUCAUCAAGACAUAGUAACAGUAGCAGUAGCAACAGGCAUUCGGAUAGUAGAGAACGCCGUAAGCGAUCUUAUGAUGUAUACCGCCGCGAUUAAACCCACAUUGUAAAGUUUUGAUACAAUUAUU